AGACGGCCAGGUAGGGCAACGAAUAGACGGUAAGAACAGACGUCUAGUAAAAUUAAAAAAAAAAACAGCCAUGAUAACAACCAAGUGGUUCCCUUUUGUUCUAGCAUCUUGUGGUUGGAUGUUAGUUGGAUCUUGUCAAGACACUCUGGCCAUCUCGGAGUGUCCAGCACCACAGUGUAUCACUCUGGGCAGCACGCUCUGCUCUAGACAGUACGACACGUGCAAGGGCGUGGCCAGUAAAAACCCUAGGGCCGUGGUCACCUUGGCCAGCGGGCUGGAGGUCUUGUGUGACACACAGACAGAGGGGGGAGGCUGGACGAUGAUACAGAGGAGGAUGGACGGGAGGACAGAUUUCUACCGGGGCUGGGAGGAGUACAAAUACGGGUUCGGGGACCUUGGGGAGGGCGAAUUUUACCUGGGCAACGAGAACAUCCACCAGCUGACCAGGCUCAGGCGCUAUGAACUACGUAUUGAUAUGAGAUUUAAGGGGGUCAAGUACUUCGCGAAAUAUGCCAGGUUCCGUUUGAACAGCGAGCUGGACGGGUACAGGUUAGAGAUUAGCGGGUUCUCCGGGAAUGCUACGGAUGGAUUACUUGACUCUCAUACGCAAUAUUCUGCGGCCGUUGGCAGCCACAACAAUCAGAGGUUCAGUACAUUUGAUAAGGAUAACGACUCGAACCCCAGUCAAAACUGUGCCCAAAUAUACCACGGAGCGUGGUGGUACGCCGCGUGCCACAACUCCAACCUCAAUGGCCUAUGGGGGAGUAAGGACUACGGCAGGGGACUGAACUGGGUGGAUAUAACCGGGGCGUUCGACACACUGGACUUUACCGAGAUGAAAAUCAGACCAAUAGCUUAACCGUGAAAAUGGGCUGGAGGUGGAAUUUGUGGCUUCGUUUGGUGACUAUAGUAUUUGAUACUAAAUACCGAAUAUUAAGAAGUCUAAAAUCUCCCCUCCCCGCUAAUUCCUCUUUUUAGACAUAUGAUUGUAACAACGUUUUAAAAACGAUUAAUCGUUUAAAGAUGGGAGUCAAAUGUGAUUUUAUAAAUACAUUUAUCAGCUGGUUUUA